AUGGAACUAAAGUUUUUGCUUUUCGUCGGAGCAACAGACAAAACGUUAGCGGAACUCAGAGGUGUCCUACAUCUGCAUAGUAAUUCUUGCUUUAACAACAAGUUCUUGGAGAUUGUAAAAAUCAUCAACUCAAACUCCUCUUCGGACGUCGUUGUUGAAAGAAGUUCCAUCAUAUUUACGGAUGAAAACCUGCCUAUCAAAAAUAAUUUCAAAAAUACAAUCAUAAGUAAAAAUGUAAGUGAUUUCCAAGUGCUUUCUUUUGGCAAUCCUGAAUAUGCCGCAUCUGUUAUUAACAACUACGUAAGUGAAGCGACGCACGGUUCCAUAAAUGAAGUGGUUGACCCAGGAAACUUGGAUGAUAUAGUAAUGCUUGCGAUUGAUGCAAUAUCCUUCAAAGUUUCAGAUUUCUUUCAAAAAGCUGAUAUAGAGGUCAACGAGGAAGGAACAACAGCGAGUGGCGUUAGUGGAGCAGGCACAUUUAAAAGUUAUCCGGGAGAAUUCAAAGCAAAUAGACCAUUUCUUUAUAUGAUAAUAGAUAAACAGAUUGAAGUACCACUAUUCGCCGGUGCAUACUCAAAACCGAGUGUUUAUUAA